GGACAAACCAAAAAAGGGAAGGAAAAGGGGCCGGAAAUUUCCACGGCCUCCUCGGAAAAUUCCAAGGUCCUUUCACCCCAAAAAGGAAACCGCGCCACUCCCACCACAUUUGGCCCCGCCACUGUGGCACAACAAUUUUCAGCCACCACAGCCACAGGAUCAGGAUCUGGUCCAGAGGCACAUGCCUCAAAGGCUACUCCAACCUUGCUCAGGGAGGGAACCCACCAGUUUCAAAGAGCAGACAUGGAGGAAGUUGAAAAUGAAUUGCCACCUGAACUUAGGGCAACCACACCACCACCGUUCAUUGUGGUGGACCCGGAUACCCCAAGGAAAGGUGACAAACGAAUGGCAAAAGAAGACUCUUGGAAUCCAUCGGCAGAAGAGGUGGACAAGUACAUCCAGAGCUUCAAUCUCUGUGCUCUAUGCUGGGAGGAAGGCCACCAUUGGGAAAUUUGUCCCAAUGACAUGAGUGAUUUCAGCCUUGCAAAAGUGAUGAAACACCCAGAAUUCCAGCCGUACUUGUACCGAUGGCAAAGGAAUCGGAAGAAAAGGGGACGCACCUGGUUGCUAGAGGAACAUACAACAGAGGCCACUGUUGUAAUACCACCCUAUUGCAUCACAUGCAAAGUCCCAGGACAUAUGAGUAAUGAUGUGGAGUGCCCAGGUAAAUGA